AUGGCGAUCGGAAAAGUGGGCUGCGAGGGCGCCGGAGAUCGUCGGGAGGCAGAAAAACAAGGUCGCCAGAGGAAGGAGAGCUGUGAAACACGCGAAGGAGUGGAAUCCAUCGGCGUUUGCUAUGGGACGCUCGGCGACAACUUGCCGCCGCCGGCCGAGGUCGUAGCCAUGUUCAAAUCCAAAGGAAUCGGCAGCAUGAGGAUCUACGACCCCAACCACGAUAUACUGGGGGCCCUGGCAGGCUCCGGCAUCGCCCUGACCAUCGGGCCCUUGAACCAGGACAUCCGAUCGAUGGCCGCCGACUAUGCGGCGGCGCAAGCAUGGGUGGCCGCCCACAUCCAACCCUACGUCAAAACCGUCAACUUCCGCUACAUCAACAUCGGCAACGAGAUCAUCCCCGACCCGUUGGCUCAGUUCAUCCUCCCCGCCAUGAACAACGUCCAGAAAGCGCUCUUCUCCAGCAACAUCAACCACAUCAAAGUCAGCACCUCGGUGUCGGCCAGCGUGUUGGGGGCUUCCUUCCCGCCCUCCAAUGGCCAUUUCCACGACCAGGCGGCAGCGAUCCUCAACCCCAUCGUGCAGUUCCUCGUCGCCCACGGGUCGCCGCUCCUCGUCAACAUCUACCCUUACUAUGCCUACGCGAGCCAGCCGGAUCAAAUCCCGCUGUCCUACGCCUUGUUCAACUCCACCGGAGUGGUGAUGCGCGACGGGAACUUAGGGUACCAGAAUUUGUUCGACGCGAUGGUGGAUACGCUCGUGGCGGCUUUGGAGAAAGCCGGCGGAGGGAACGUGGGCCUGGUGGUCUCCGAGAUUGGUUGGCCGUCGAACGGCGGCUUCGGGGCGAACGCCGACAGCGCCCGCGUCUUUAACAAGAAUUUGAUCAACCAUGCGUCCAAAGGGACGCCGAGGAGGCCUGGGGUUCCGAUCGAGACCUACUUGUUCGCCAUGUUCAAUGAAAACCAAAAAGGUCCGGCGGAGAUAGAGAAGUUCUUCGGUCUGUUCUACCCGGAUAAGACGCCUGUGUAUCCUAUAAGGUUCGUCUGA